AUGUGUGACGGUUUUUCUGCAAGCCGCUCGAAUUUGUGUGACGAAGUGCAUCGUUGUGAAACAUCGUGGAACGCGAGCCGGUUCCCUCGGAUGCCGGUCGGGGCUCGCUCGCGGCUCGAGCUUUCUAAACGUCGGCCGACGCGCUGCGAGCGCGAUGAAUACUACAUGAACCUGUAUUUCAAAAGGUACCCGAAUGAGCCCCUCUACAAUGUCAGCAUCCCCGAGAACAGCGCGCCGAGGACUUACGCGGAGCAGCCCCCGGGUGCGGACCCUCUCGGCCUAUCGUCGCCCGAGCUCGGGACGAGAUUCCGAGCGCGCAUCCGCCACGGUGACCGCGACAAGUUCUUCAAAGUGGAGGAGCGACUCGUAGGCGACUUUUGCUUUCUGUCGAUCAGAACUCGAGCCGGCCAAGCCGACGUGCUCAACCGCGAGCGACGCGCCGUCUACUCGCUGGAGCUGCGCGUCACGGCUCUUUUGCCCGACGGCUCCCAGCUCGAGGCGGACACCGCAGUCGCGGUGCAAGUGACCGACGAAAAUGACCUCAGUCCUCUCUUCUACCCUACCGAUUACGAAGUGGACGUGGCCGAAGACGCUCCUCUUCACUCGAGCGUCGUCCGCGUUUCGGCCGAGGACGCCGACUUAGGAAUGAACGGUGAGAUCUACUACAGUCUCGCCGAGCCCACUGAAUUAUUCGCCGUUCACCCGACGACCGGAGUGGUCUCGGUGACGCAGACCUUGUCCUAUGCGGAGACGAGGCGCCACGACGUGACCGUUCUAGCUCACGAUCGGGCUUCUCUGCUGUCGCAAGGGGAGCGAGCGCCGGCCGCGCGGGCGUCAUUAGUAAUUCGCGUAAAGCAAGCCAAUCUGUACGCCCCCGAAUUGAGUUUCCGCAAGCUUCCAGAACUGAUAGAGAACUCGACGGAAGAGAUAUACGCGAUUAUACGCGCGACGGACAGAGACGUCGGCGAGCACGGUCGUAUCGCAAGUCUCGACAUCGUGGACGGAGACCCGGACGGUCACUUCCGAUUACGCCCGUCCCUGCAAUCCGGCGAAUACGAUCUGAUCGUGCACUCGCUCUUGGACCGCGAGAGCGCGCCGCAAGGAUACAACCUGACCUUACGUGCCGUCGACGCCGGACGGCCUCCGCGAGCGUCCUAUCUGACCCUUCCCAUCGCGCUGACCGAUGUGAACGACAACGCUCCUGUAUUCAGCAGGGAGAUUUACGAAGCCAGCGUGUCGGAGACGGCUCCGCCUAACACGCCGGUUAUCAGACUGAAGGUGUCCGAUCGCGACGACGGACGAAACGCGCAGGUAUAUAUUGAGAUAGUCGGAGGCAACGAGGGUGGAGAGUUCUUCGUGAAUCCGGACACGGGCGUCCUGUACACGGUGGUGCCCUUGGACGCCGAAAGCAAGUUCCUGUAUACGCUAACGGUUUCCGCGAUCGAUCACGGAAACGCCGGCACUCGUAAGCAAUCUUCGGCUAAAGUGAAAAUCGCCGUGCUCGACGCUAACGAUAACGACCCGAUAUUCGAAAGAGAAGAAAUGGAAGUCACAGUCGCAGAGAACGGAGCGAGCGGAGCCGUGGUCGCGAGGGUGAUCGCUCGCGACGCCGACUCCGGAGAGAACGCCUACAUAUCGUACAGCAUAGCGAACUUACAACCCGUCCCCUUCGAAGUGGACCACUUCUCCGGGGCGAUCAGGACCACGAGACUCCUCGACUACGAAAGCAUGCGCCGAGAAUACGCAUUGCAGAUCCGCGCCAGCGAUUGGGGUCUACCCUACCGACGGCAGGCGGAAAUGCGACUCACCGUUCGCCUGAAAGACGUUAACGACAACCGGCCGCAAUUCGAGCGCGUUGAUUGCGUCGGAUAUUUACCUCGCAGGCUUCCCAUUGGCCACGAGGUAUUCACGCUGUCGGCGAUCGAUUUCGACUCUGGAGACGUAGUCUCGUAUCGGCUCACAGGAGGCAACGAGGACAACUGUUUCGCACUGGACUCCACGACCGGAAUCCUCAGUCUGUCCUGCGACCUGAGCGACAUUCGCAGCGAGACGCGCGUGCUCAAUGUCACGGCUACCGACGGGUCACACUUCGCCGAUGCGGCCUCACUGACUCUCCACCUGGUCGCCGGCAACGCGGUCGGCGGCGGUGCGGCCGACGGCGACGGCCUCGAGUGUCGCGACACCAACGUCGCUCGCCGUCUGACGGAACUGCUCGCCGCCUCGGAGCGCAGCAACGCUCCGUUGGAUUUUGCAGAGGAAUUUCCUGCGGCGUCGUCCCGCUAUGGAGAGAAUUUGCACUUUCCCGAGUUCGUGGACUUUCCCGUCGAGAUCAAAGUGAACGAGUCCGUCGCUCUCGGCACCUCGCUCGUACGACUGCACGCGCGGGACCGCGACCUGGGCUACAACGGCCUACUCGUGUACGCCAUAUCAGCUGGCGACGCCGACUCGGCUUUCCGCAUCGACCCCGACACUGGCGAGCUGAAGGUGAUCGGCUACCUCGACAGAGAACGCGAAGCCGAGUACUACUUAAACGUCAGCGUGUACGACCUCGGCGCGCCGCAGCGCUCGUCAUCCCGCCUCCUGCCAGUCACAGUGCUGGACGUCAACGACAACGCGCCGAUCUUCGAAAAGAGCCUCGCGAGCUUCCGAGUGACCGAGAACGCGAUCAACGGGACGGCCAUCUUCAGAGCGAACGCCACGGACCGCGACGGCGGCCUCUUCGGCCGAGUCGAAUACGAGAUCAUCGGCGGCUGCGACGGCGAGUUCUGCGUUAACAGGGAGAGCGGCGUCCUGGCCGUGUGCGCCGAUUUGGACCGCGAGCGACGCGCCCUCUACGAGCUCACGGUGCGAGCGACGGAUGGCGGUGGUCUGUCUGCGGAGGCCGUGGUGCGGGUCGCCGUGGACGACGUCAACGACAACGCGCCGCGGUUCGCUCUUGGCGCCUACAGCGCGCGCGUACGCGAAGACCUGCCGGUGGGCAGCGUCGUAGCGGUUCUGGAGGCCUUCGAUCCCGAUCUCGGAGAGGGCGGCGUCGUCACGUACGCGCUGCCCGACCAGUCGUCCGACGAUAUCACCUUCUCUGUCGACUCCACAUCGGGGACACUGCGUAUCGCAAAGCGGCUGGACUUUGAAGAGAGACAGGUAUACGGAGUGACGGUGCGCGCGACAGACGGCGGCCGACCGGCGUUGUGGGCGGAGGCGACGCUCAUCGUCGAAGUGGUGGACGUCGACGAGAACAUGCACGAGCCGACGUUCGGCGCGAGGCUCGCGCUCGUAGCGAGCAUCACCGAGGACGCUGCGCCUGGAGCCCGAGUCCUCUCGGCCGCCGCGACGGACGCGGACCCGCCGGGCCGGGACUCUCGCCUCGCCUACUACAUCGUCGCGGGCUCGGGGAUGGCGCAUUUCUCCAUCGAUGACACGGGCCUACUCAGAACUCAAAGCCCACUCGAUCGCGAAACCGUGCCGCAUUACUGGGUGACGGUCUGUGCGCAAGAUCACGGCCUCGUACCCCGCCAGGCUUGCAUACGGGUCUACAUUGAGGUGGAGGACGUAAACGACAUGGCACCGUGGCCGGAGCGAGCCGAGUACCGCGUCACUAUUCCGGAAAACUGUCCACGCGGAACCCACGUAGCUCGGGUCACCGCACACGACGCGGACGCGAGUCGCGAUCCCGUCAGAUUGCGUUACUCCGUCGUCGCUGGGAACCCGGACGGACUCUUUUCGAUCGACGAGGACACGGGUGAGAUCGUGACCACGGGCCGGACGCUGGAUCGCGAGGCCGCGCCGGCGCACGCGCUCGAGGUGAUGGCGUGGGACGGAGAACUCGGCGGAUCUGCCCGCGUGCGCAUCGCCCUUGCCGACCUGAACGACAACACGCCGACCUUCACGCAGAGGUUCUACGACGUGCGCGCUCCGCCCGUAGCGACGACGUCUUCUCGUCAACGAGACGCACCCGUUUUGUCUUCGGAGGCGAGCGUCGAGAGCGACGGCGAGGCGGAGGAGGACGAGGAGGGAUCCGGUUCCCGGCUGCCUUGGAGCCACUGGGACGGGGACGACAUAGAAGACUUCUUGUACAUCGCUACGGUGACGGCAUUAGACAGCGACGCCGGCGAAAAUGGAACCGUGCGGUACAGUUGGCGAGCGCGAGGGGCCGCGGUGCAGGCGCUGCGCGUGCACGCUCGUUCCGGUCGGGUCUACUUUGCGUCACACUUGCCUCUCACUCCGCAUCUGGCCUACGACUUAACAGUGCGCGCUUGCGAUUCGGGUGCGCGACCAAAGUGUGGCGUAUCCCGCGUGCGAGUUCGAGGGGCGACGCGUCCAGGAGGCGGGAAAGCGCCAGAGGUGCGCACGGUGAGCGGGGGAACGCUGCAGGCGGCCGAGCUAGACGCGCCCGGCUUCCUUCUCGCGCUGCUGCAGGCGACGGACCCGGACGGCGACCCCCUUUACUAUGACAUCGUCGACGGCGAUCCCGAGAGAGAUUUUGUAGUGGGGCGCGAGGACGGCAGCUUGGUCGUGGUGCGGCGUCUGCUUUGGGAGCGAUGCGCCUUUUAUCGACUCAACGUGUCCGUGAGCGACGGUACGUACACCGCGCACACCGGGCUGGACGUGACGGUCGUUAACGACGCGAACGAGGGUGGCGUGCGCUUCUCGCAGGAGCAAUACGAGAUUUCUGCGUCGGAGGCUCUGCCCCCGGGCUCCCCGCUCGUCACGCUGCAGGCCCGCGCGGGCGUCGACUCUCGACUAUUGUACGGGCUGCACGCGACGCGGGCUCCCGCAGACCUCGCUCUCUUUCGACUGCACGAAAUCACCGGCGUGUUGGAGCUAGCUAAGCCGCUAGACAGAGAGACUUCUGCGCUGCACGAGUUGACCGUCUGGGCGCGCGACCAGGCUCCGCGGACUUCGGUCGCAUUCGCGCGCGUCACCGUGCGGGUGCAGGGCGCCGACGAGCACGCUCCCGAAUGGGGCCGAAGACUGUGGGAGGCGCGAGUGUCUCGCGGGGCGGGCGCCGGCUCCUUGGUGGCCCCCCUGCGCGCCGCCGACCGCGACUCGGGCGAGGCGGCUCGCGUGCGUUACUCCCUCGCAAGUGGCAGUUCUCUGUUCGUUGUGGACCCGGUGCUGGGCGACGUGCGUCUGGCGCGUCCGCUACCUUCCACUGGCCCCUCCGAGUACACGCUGCACGUGCGAGCCUCGAAUCUGCCACCGGCCGGCAAAGCUUCCACUCUUCCUCUCCAUAUCCUCGUUGUCGAACCCGACGACGAGCCGCCCAGAUUUCUGUCAACCGAAGUGAAAUGCGAAGUAUACGAAGACGCGGCGCUCGGAACAGUCGUCGGGGCUCUCGAGGCCCGUGGGGGCUCCGGGCUUCGGUACGCUCUGAGCGGGGGCCGAGGACACUGGCGCCUGCAUCCGGCGGCGGGGCUUCUUACGGUCGCGGCGCCGCUCGACUACGAAGCUUGCGCAACGUAUAACCUCACCGUGACCGCAUUUAACAUGGGCGGAGGCAGCGCCGAGGCUCGCGUCACCGUUCGAGUACUAGACAGAAACGAGUUCCCGCCGACAUUCGAACGGUUGCACUACCGCGGGGUGGUGUCGGAGGCGGCAGAGGUGGGCUCGCUGGUGUGGGAGGCAGGUGUCUCCGCGGACGGCGCGCGCGCACCGCUCGUGCUGACCACUCGAGACGCGGACUCGCCUGCGAAUCGCCAGCGCGUUUUCCGCGUCCUCGACCCGAUCGCGUCGCGCCUCUUCCGCGUCCACCCGCUCACGGGUGCGCUGCAGAUCGCGGCUGCGCUUGAUUACGAAUUUGCCCGAGUUCAUCGCUUCUCCAUCGAGGUCGUCGACGCGGGAGACCCGAGGCUGCAGUCGGCGAGCGUAGCCCGCGUGACCGUGGAGGUCACCAACGUCGACGACUGCCCGCCGGUCUUUUCGCAGCCGUCGUACGAGGCAACGGUGCUCCUGCCCACGGCGCGCGACGUCUCCGUGCUGACAGUGGCGGCGCACGAUCCGGACGGCCCGGGCUCACUCCGCUACGACGUCAUCGACGGAGACGCGAGGGGCGCUUUCUCGCUCUCCGCCGAGGGUCGGCUGACGGUGGUCGACCCGGACGCGGUGGCCGGCUCCCCCGAACACCAGCUUCACGUGCGCGUCUCCGACGGCGCGCUCUCGAGCACGGCGCGCGUGCGAGUGCGCGUCCGCGACGCCGACAACUCGGGCCUCGCCUUCCAAAAGACCGAUUACUACGCUUCGCUGGUGGAGAACUCGACGAAGCUCGUGACGGUGGCCGUCCUUAACGUGCUGGGAGCCGCGCUCAAUGAGCACCUCCAGUUCUCGAUCUUGAACCCCGUCGAAGGAUUCCAAGUGGGCGAAACGUCAGGUGCGGUACGCAGCACGGGCGUGCCUCUGGACCGAGAACUUCGGGACUCAUACACGCUUCUAGUGCGCGCGCGCAGCGCCUCUAGUGGCAUCGAUCGCGUGGCACACACUAGGCUCACGGUGUCGAUCACCGACGUGAACGAUAACUGUCCGGUCUUCGUGGAGCGGCCGUACGCGGCGGCGGUGCUGGCCGGCGCCGAACCGGGCACGCCCGUCCUCAGCGUGAAGGCCGUGGACGCCGACGCGAACGACAACGGCGAGGUACGCUACGAGAUGAAGCGCGGUCACGGCGAGCUGUUCCGCGUCGACCGCCGGACGGGCCUCAUCGCGCUGAAGCAGAGCGUCGAGGCGCGCGGCGAGCCCUACGAGCUGCUCAUCGGCGCCUUCGACGGUGGUGUGCCGGCUUGCGGUGCCGAAGCGCCGGUGUCUGUCCGCGUAUGGGGCGGAGGUGGGGCGCCGCGUUGGAAGAGCGCCCAUGUGUCGAUCGCCGUCAGGGAAGACGUAGUGCCGGGCGUGCCGCUCGCGCCACCCUUGCACGCCAUUUCGCCCCUCGCGCGGCAGCUCAUCUACACACUGCACGGGGACUCCGCCGACCUCUUCGAGAUACACUUUGAAACCGCCCGAGACGGAGGGACGAGUCCGUGCACGCUGGUGGCGAGCGGGACGCUGGACUUCGAGAGCGCUCGGAGGCACGAGGUGACGGUGCGCGCGACGGAUGGCGUGACCGGCGCUCGGGCCGACCUCGCGCUCACCGUCGAUGUGCUCGACGUGAACGACUGCGCGCCAGAGUUUGCCGAGGAAGAGUACCGUGUCGAAGUCUCCGAAGCGGCGUCGCCGGGCGAUCGCGUCGUAGCCCUCGUCGCCGUCGACCGCGAUUCCGGGAGAAACGGAGAGGUAUCGUAUUCUCUGUCAGAGUGGAAUGGAGACGAAGAAGGAAGUGGCGGUGAGUCGCGGCACUUCACAGUGGAGAAGUACUCGGGAACGGUGCGCGUGGCGACGCCGGUCGACCGCGAGACUCGAACUCUGCACCACCUGCUGGUCACGGCGGCGGACGCCGGUCACCCGCCGCUCCGCACCACCGCGCACCUCCUCGUCACGGUGCAGGACGUCAACGACUGCGCACCGCGGAUAGAGCGUGCCGUGUUCGCGGCGUCCCUCUCAGCGGAGGCGGCAAGCGGAGUCGCGUUGGCGCGCGUGGUGGCCUGGGACCCUGACGAGCGCGACGCGUCGCGGCUCCGUUACGCGCUGAACACGGAGCGAGGUAACCGCGCCGAGCGCGCGCUUGCGCUGGACCCGCGCACGGGCGUGCUGUCGCUCUCGGAGCCCCUGGCCUUGAACGCGAGCGCUCGCUCCAUCAACGUGUCGGUGACGGACGGCGCGCGCGCAGCUUACGCGCGGAUCAAGCUGUCGCCGGCGCCGGCCAACCUCGCUCCUCCACAUUUCCCGCAUCUCAUUCACGAGGCUCGAGCUCUGGAGAACCAAACGCCGCCUCUCCUCUUGACGACGGUGAAAGCUUUCGACGAUGACGCUGGAGACUACGGAAGCGUCACCUACUCAAUCCCGUCGGCCAAACUGCGCGAGACCUUUUCCAUCGACGCGACGAGCGGCGCUCUGAGCGCGCUCGUUCCGCUAGACCGCGAGGCGCGCGCCGAGUGGCUCGUGCCCGUGCUGGCGGCGGACGGCGGUGCCCUCCUGCGAUCCACCGCCGUGCGCGUGCGUGUCUUGGACCGCAAUGACAACGCCCCGCUGUUCCCGCUGCGCGAGUACCGCGCCGCGGUCCGCGCCUCUCGCCCCCCGGGCGCUCCUUUCCUCACCCUCUCGGCGACCGACGCCGACUCGCCCGAGCACGCGCGCCUCACCUACUCUCUGCGAGAGCCGCUCGUCGAGUCCGCCGAGGCCGGCCUUUUCGCCGUCGACCCGCUCACGGGUGCGCUCUCGCUGGCACGCAACGCUUCGCACCUAGUGGGGAGCAGCGUGCAGGCGUGGGUGGUGGCUCGAGACGCGGGCGGUCUGGUGGGUGAGACGGCGGUGUUCGUGUCUCUCGUGGACGCGGGUGGCGGGGUGCGCCUGGUGCCUCCACCGCCGGACCUGUUUCUCCGGGAGGACGCUCAACAUGGGACGCUGAUCGCGCAGCUGCGAGCUCCCGCAUCGCCUCUGCCGCGCCUGCGCCUCGCCCCCUCAAAUCUUCACUCGGACUCCCUCUUUGAAUUGGACUAUUCCGGUCGUCUGUCACUCUCCGGAGCGCUCGACAGAGAAGCGGCCCAGGAAUAUAUCAUAGGCAUCAUCGCCGAGGAGGAAGGUAGCCCGGCGACGGGGACCACAGUGCAGACGCGUCUCCAUGUACUAGACGUGAACGACCACGCCCCGCAAUUUCACUCGCAACCUUAUGGCCUGCUUCUCGCCGAGAACACGCCGGCCCACUCCACCCUCGUGCAAUUGAUGGCAGACGACCCGGACUCGGGUUCGAACGGUGAAGUGCGCUUCUCGCUGGCUGACGAAAAUUCCGAGAGCGGGGAGACGCCGUUCGCAGUGGACGCGAGCGGGUGGCUCCGCACCGUGUCGCCUCUGGACCGGGAGAAACAGGCCGAGUACCGCCUGACAGUCGUGGCGACCGAUCAGGGAGCGCGCCCUCUCUCCGCGCGUACGGAGCUGCAUAUCAAACUCAGAGAUUAUAACGACUGCCCCCACGUCUUCGACCGGCGCGUCUACGAUGCGGAGGUGCGCGAAGACGCCGCCGCUGGUACCGUGGUGGCGCGCCUGGCGGUGCGAGACUCGGACGAAGAGGCAACUGCGCUGACAUACUUCGUAGCCGAGGGAGAUCCUAGGGCGCGGUUCCAAGUCCGACCUUCGGGCGAGGUCAUCGUCGCGAGGGCCCUCGAUCGCGAAGCGGAGGCGUCUUAUAGCCUCUCGAUCGCUGCGACCGACGGCAAGUUCACCGCCUACACCGCGCUAAGACUCGGCGUCCUCGACGUGAAUGACAACCCGCCCUACUGCGUGCACCACCGCCUCGGAGCGCGGCUGCGCGAAGACGCGUCGUUAGGCACGCACGUCGCCGUCCUCGAGACGCGCGAUUCCGACGAGCCGCCCAACGCACGUUUGCGCUAUUAUCUCACAGGGGAAUACGCCGAGCAUUUCACCAUCGACAAAGAGAGCGGCACGAUAACGGUGGCGCGCGCCCUGGACCGCGAAGCGGUGCCGCGCUAUCGGCUUAUCGCACACGCGCAGGAUCGCGACCGCACCUCGUGGGGCUGCAGCAGCGAGCUGAACGUGGUCCUCGACGACGUGAAUGACAACGCGCCCGAAUUUUCUUCGCCCAUCUACAGCGUCACUCUACCUGAAGACGCCGACCUCGGGACUCUGGUCGCCAAGGUGCACGCCUCCGACGCCGAUCUAGGCGAAAAUCGAUCCGUUCGAUAUUCUUUCGUGGAAGACAACGAUUACUUCGAGUUGGCGGCGGACAGCGGCAUCGUGACGCUCAAGGCACCUCUAGACCGGGAGACGCAGGCCGAGGUGCGGGCCAUAGUGCGCGCUCAGGACGGGGGCCGACCGCGGCGCUCGGGAACGGCUGUGCUGCGGCUCACCGUCGCCGACGUCAACGACAACCCGCCCGAGUUCGAGCUGCGCCAAUACGAAGCCGCCGUGCCCGAGCUCGACGCGUCCGGGACUGAAGUGCUGCGCGUGCGCGCGCUCUCGCGGGACACUGGCGUCAAUGCCGACGUGUACUACGCUCUCGUGGGCGGAGACGCGCGAGAGGACUUCGCUAUCGAUCGACUCACCGGCGUCGUCUCCGUCGCCCGCCAACUGGACUACGAACGCCGACGCCAAUAUCUGCUGACAGUGCAGGCGCUCGACGGCGGGGUGCCUCCGCUCAGCGACCACGCCACGCUAAACAUCACCGUCCGAGACGGGAACGACAACGCUCCGCUAUUUUCGCAGCGCAAGUACGAGGCGCGCGUGCGAGAAGACGCGCCCAACGGCACUCGCGUGCUGCAGGUGAUCGCGGACGACGUGGACGCCGGAGACAACGGUCGCGUCGCAUACUCCUUGGCGCGCGGAGUCUCCGAAGGUACUUUCGUCAUCGACGUCGACACCGGCUACUUGUCGGUCGGGGCGCCGCUCGACCGCGAGACUGCGCCGCGCCACACGCUCGAAGUGCGCGCCAGAGACCGGGGCGUGCCCGCACUCGAGUCGACCGCGCUCGUUGACAUCGAAGUCGUCGAUGCCAACGACAAUCCCCCCCUCUUCACUCAAAACAACUAUUCGGCCGUCGUGCAAGAGGACAAGGCCCUGGGGCAUCCGAUACUGAAGUUCGUUGUGAACGACGCCGACGGAAGCCCCAACGGCGCACCGUACACGUUCGACAUCCGGAGCGGAAACGAGAUGGGCGCUUUCAGACUGGAGCAGGAUGGGCUCUUGCGCUCGGCCACUCGCUUCAACCAUCGCAUCAAGGAUCGUUACGUGCUGCAAGUGCGCGUGUUCGACAACGGCACGCCGCCUCUGUACUCGGACGCGUGGGCGUACAUAAAGAUUAUCGAGGAAUCGCAGUACCCGCCCGUCGUCACGCCUCUCGAGAUCGUCGUCAACUCCUACCUGGACGAAUUCCCCGGCGGGCCGAUAGGUCGCAUCUUCGCGUCGGACCGCGACGCCUACGACACGCUACGAUAUUCACUCGCGCCGACCGACGGCGCCCCGUACCUCGGCUCCGACCUUUUCGAAAUCCAGCCGACAGACGGCGUCCUGCGUGCCGCUCCGCGCCUCGACGUCGGCGAUUACAAGCUCAACGUUACAGCGGACGACGGAAAGUUUACGGGGUUCGCAGUCGUCAAGAUUUCGGUCGUACUUUUGUCGGACGAGGCGCUCGCGAGUGCUGUCGUCGUCCGCUUCCGGGAAGUGACCGAUCGGGACUUCGUUCUAAGCCACCGGAAAGGAUUCAUCCGAGCCGUGCGCGAAGCGACAGACUGCGAGCCGAGCGACGUGAUAAUAGUCAGCGUUCAGCCUUCCGAAGAUGAGGAGCGACCUAGGCGGCGGCGUCAGAUAGCGCAAGAUUUAGACGUCGCGUUCGCGGUGCGCGCGUCUGGCGCCGACGGUUUCCUGUCCGCCGACUCGCUACGGCGACGUCUGCAUGCACAUCUAGAGAGACUCGAGGAGAGGACCCGUCUCAUCGUGGAGGAAUUGGUCCGCGCCGGUUGUGGGGGCUGCGCGCACGGGGCUUGCGUCGAACGCGUGCGACUGCGCGCCGCCGUCCAGAGACUAGUCGCGACGGACGUGUUCGCGUUCGUCGCGCCUGCUCAUACCCUACGCGGGGAAUGCUCCUGUUCGCCCGGCUACUUCGGGGAGCGGUGCGAAGACGUCGCGAUAGCCGCAACGAGGGCGACGUGCGAUUGCGGCGCGGCACACUGCGACCCGUGCUGUGAAGACGAUUCGUGUGGGCCUGUGGUGCAGCUGCGCGGCGACGGAUAUCUGAUCUAUCGCGUCGAUCGCGGCGUGGUGCAAGGAGCGCGGUUGCUAGACGACGAGCUGGUCGCGUCGAUGAGGGUGAGGACGCGAGCACCGCGCGGGACUCUUUUGUGGGUGGGGGGGUCCGUAGACUUUCUCACGCUAGAAGUGGUGCAAGGGCACGUGCAAGCGCGCUGGCAACUGGGCGCGGGCGAAGCGUCCGUGCGUGCGGGAGGGCGCGUGUCGGACGGCGCCUGGCAUGAAGUGAGGCUCGAGAGACGCGGUGCGGCCGCGCGGCUCACGGUCGACAGACGCUCAGCGCACGCGCAGUCGCCGCCGCCGGCUGCAGUGCUCGACGUGCGACUCGAUCGACUGCUCGUCGGCGCAAUUUUAGAGCGACAUGCGCACGCGCUAUCUACAGAACAGAUAACUUACGCUUUCAAUGGAUGCAUAGCUGAUAUAAAGAUGGGAGGAUGGAGCUUACCGGUGGAAGUAGAAGGAUCCACUCGCGAUGGGCGCGUGCAUCUGACGCGCAGUGUCCGUGCACGAGUCAGUUCCGAGUGCGAUGGACUGUCGUCACCCGGCCCAUGCUCAGCCUAUCCCUGCCUGCACGGGGGCACUUGCCGCGAGGCGGACGCUCCCGACGCGUACACGUGCACGUGUCACGGUCGCUAUCGGGGCCGCGACUGCGAGCAGGACACCGACCCGUGCGCGUCGCAGCCGUGCCUCCACGGAGGGGUUUGCUCAUUGGCGCUCGACGUCGCAGAAGGAUAUCGAUGCGCGUGCGCCGCCGGUCUGAGCGGAGCGCGCUGCGAACGCGGUCGCUGGUGCAGGGCAGAUGUGUGCCUCCACGGAGGCGCGUGCGAGGAGGGGGAAGCGGACGCGUCGUGCCGUUGCCGAGGGUACUACGGGCCGCGCUGCGAGCUCGACGUCGACGAGUGCGUCGGGGAGCCCUGUCUCAACGGCGCUACCUGUCUCAACGAGCCCGGGUCCUUCCGUUGUCUGUGUCCGCCCGACAAAACAGGUAUGAACUGCGGAAACCCUCUCUAUUCCGACGCAGUGAUGGCAGGCGAAACGGCCGGAGGCAUAGGCGCCUUGCGCGAGGUGUGGCGUUGGGCGCUGCGAGCGCAGUGGCCGAUCGGAGCCGCGCUGGGAAUGUUGCUUUCGUUGUUGUUAUUGGCGGUGGGUCUCGGCGCCAUAGUGCGCCGGUCGAGACGCUCUCGCGCUCCGCCCGCCCCCCUCAACAGCGAGCUCGAUAAGCUGGCGAGCGGACGCGUGUGCAAGCUCUCGAACCUCGAGGCUCUGCGUCGCGAGCGGCCGGCCUCGUGCGCCGACCCCCCGCCCCUCAACAACAUCGACACGCUGCGCUCGUACGGCUCAGCCGGUGACGAGCUCGAGGGCAUCCCGCCCGACUAUCUGCGCAAUCUAAACAUAGACCCGCACCUUGACCGAAAGCCUUGGUCGGAGCAGAUGCAUCUGCACACGUUCGUCGAUAACAAGAUCUACAACGACUUGAAAGGCUGCAAGCCCGUAGUGGCUCGCGGCCCUUCGCCGGCGAGGCCGCGGCGCAACUUGGGCUCCGGCACCGGAGGCGACAUCGUCGGUGGAUAUCAUUGGGACUGCUCGGACUGGUGCGGGGGCGGCGCUCUGCCCGGCAUAAGCGAGGUGCCCGGCUCAGAGCGACCGGACUCCUCUUCCCCGCCUUCGCCCCGGUCGCCGCGGGGCUCUCCUCCGGCACCGCUCCCGCUCCCCCUCGACACUGACUCGGCUCCGGACGAUCUUGACACUCACCGAUUCACCGACGCUUCCUCGUACCUGCUGCAUCCGGACGAGUACUUAGGCGCCAGCGAGUGCGAGGAGGGCGAGGGGCGGGCGGCGCCGCACACGCUGCGCGAGCCCGACGCGCACAGCCUCAUCACCAUGCUCGAAGAGAGGCACUCGUUGCUGGGCCGGGGCGCAUCGGGCAGCGACCUCUCCGCCAACCUGUGCGAGAUCGAGGAGUCUGACGCAGAGAGCGAGGGGGAGGGGCGACGAGCGAGGCACACGGCCGUUUGA